AUGCAUAGAUCAUCUACGGCACCAUCUGUGACUUCUCGAACUCUUCCACCAGGGCUGUCGUCAUACAGUCCAAACAUCCACUGGUCUUACUACGUGACUAAUGUUACUACUCUCGAACAGGAGGGCUCAUCAGAUGUGCUCGAUGAUGAAUUUGACGAAUUUGAUGACGAUUUUUUACCACCGACUUCGGUAAAAGAGUCCAAAAAGUGGAUACAAAGAGUCCCUGAAACAAUACUUCAACUUUGGCCAUAUACACUACCACUAAUGGCCUACUCCAGUCUCGAAUCGCGAAGAUAUGGAAACACAUCAUUUAUAAUGUUGUUCCUUUCUUUGAGAAGGCAAAUAGAAUCAUCCUGGAGAAAAGCAGAAAAGGCAGAAAAAAACCGCACCUCGCCAAUACCGCCCAAUAAGAUUUUUUGUUAUGUUUUUUGCAAUCAGACUUGCUUAUCCCGCAUUGGCCUUUUCAGUCAUCAGCGCGUUUGCAGCAAGUAUGGGUACAACGCAUUCCAUAUCUUCGUUCGCAAAGCCUAG